GCCAACGCCCCGCCCGGGCCCGCCACAGACGGGGGAGAAGCAGCGGCGGCGGAAGCAGCGGCCGAGCGACUAGGCCGCGCCGACGCCGGGGACUCGCGUAACCGCCGCGGCCGCCAUGAGCUAGCUGCGCCUGCGCCGCCCCGAUGUGGCUGCAGCAGCGGCUGAAGGGGCUGCCGGGGCUGCUGUCCAGCAGCUGGGCGCGGCGCCUGCUGGCCCUGCUGGCCUUCCUGCUGGCCGCCUCCUGGUACCUGGGCAGCGGCGGCGCCUGGCCGCGCCUGCUGCUCCGCCUGCGGGCCGGGGGCGGCGCGGGGGCGGCGGCGGGGCCCUGCCUGCAGGCCGAGAGCCGCGCCUGGCGGAGGGCCGGCGCCCGGCUGCUGGGCGGCGGGGACUCGGGCGGGCCGCCCCCGGCGCUGGUGGGCAACGGGCACCUGCUGCUGGACGCCCAGGCCAACCGCCUCUGGGUGGUCCCCCCGGGGGGGGCGGCGGCGGCGGCCCCCGGCCCGGCCUGGCCCACCGACUACGGGCCGCUGGCCCAGCUGCGGGGCCCGGCCGGGGCUGAGAGCGAGGCGGGGGGCUCGGCCCUGCUGCCCAAGGAGGGCGCCCUGCGGAGGGUCCGCUGCGUCCAGCCCGGGGGUCCCGGCGGGGGCUGCCUGACCGUCCGGGAGGAGCUGCUGGCCCACCGGGGCCGCCCCCACCUCUACCUGCAGCGCCUGGCGGUGGACAACCCCACCGACCGGCUGGUGGCCCUGGAGCUGGCCGGCCCGGGCUCCUCGUCGUCGUCCUCCUCCUCCUCCUCCUCCUCCGGCCACUCCUUCGCCACCAGCCUGGAGAAGGUGGGCGACCGGCAGUUCUUCCUCUCCUCCGGCCGGGCGCUGCAACCGGCGGGUGAGAAGCUGGUGCUGGUGGUGGUGGCGGCCAAGAAGCUGGUCAACCGGGUGCAGGUGGCGCCCCGCUCGCGCUUCGAGGAGACGCUGCUGGCGGUGGUGCUGUGCUCGGAGCCCAUCGAGGCCGCCCAGCUUGACGAGACCUUCGGGCGGCUGCGGGAGGCGGCCAAGAGGGAGAUGAUGGAGGUGCUGCCCUUGCGGGCCGAGGAGCUGGUGCAGGAACACCGCCGGGCGUGGGACGAGCUCUUUAUCUCAGGUGUGGAAAUGCGCAAGAUCACCGACGCGCACACCCCCUCCAGCGACACCGUCAACAUGACGCUCUACUUCGUCCUGUCCACCACCCCGGCUCCCCUCCUGGACCCCCACAUUAGCCCCGAGGAGAAGGAGAGAAUGGAAGCCACUUUGAAGUAUGCGGAUCACUGCUUCAGCGGCCACGCCACCAUGCACGCCGAGAACCUGUGGCCCGCACAGCUGUCCUCCGUCCUGCAGGUCUUGCAGCUCUCCAACCUGUGGAAGCUGACGCUCCAGAAGCGCGGCUGCAAGGGGCUGGUGGCCGCCGGGGCCCACGGCCUCAUGCAGGGGAUGGUGCUCAGCUUCGGCGGGCUGCAGUUCACCGAAAACCACCUGCAGUUCCAGUCGGACCCGGAAGUCCUUCAGAACAGCUACGCCUUGCGGGGGAUCCAUUACAACAAGGACUUGAUCAACCUGGCCGUGCUGCUGGACGCCGAGGGGAAGCCCUUCCUGCACGUCUCCGUCAAGUUCCAGGACAAGCCGGUGAAGCUGUAUGCCUGCGAGGGCGGCUGUUCCAACGACCCCGUGGAGCUGACCUCGGAAGUGCACGGCCACACUUUCCCCGUCAUGGUGACCCAGCCCAUCACGCCUCUGCUGUACAUCUCCACCGACCUGGUGCACCUGCAGGAUCUCCGCCACACGCUCCACCUCAAGGCGAUCCUGGCCCACGAGGAGCACAUGGCCAAGCGCUACCCGGGCCUCCCCUUCGUCUUCUGGUUCAGCGUGGCCUCCCUCAUCACCCUCUUCCACCUGUUCCUCUUCAAGCUCAUAUACAACGAGUACUGUGGGCCGGGGGCUAAGCCCCUCUUCCGGAGCAAGGUCUAAGCCCCCCCCCCAGCCCGUUUCGGCUUGAUGGCUGAAGUGGGCCCCGGCUUCUUCUCUCCCUGACCUCAGCCUGGAAGCAGGGCACCCGCGGGAGUUUGAGCGCAUCUUUGGAAGAAGCAGCCUUUGCGUGGUGUGUGCGUGUUUGCCUGUCUGGGAGACGAGCCCUGGGGGGGGGGGAGGCUGAGAAAAGACCACUUAAAAAGAAAGAGUCUUCUCCCCAGCCCCGUCUUCUUGUAGUCAUCUCAGUUUUGUUGAGGUGCCGCUCGAAAAAGGCUUGGCAGGCAGUGUGAUGGAGGAACCCCGCUUAGGAGUGCCGAGGCUGACACCCCCAAGGGUUAAGCAAGGACCCUCACUGUGCUCCCUCCCUUGUAUCCUGAAGGAGCCAGGAUGAGGGAGGAGAGGACGCUCCUUGGGGGUCGGAAAGCUUGUCACCCAUCAAUGCAGUUUAUGUGGAUUAUUAAUUAAUAAUUAAACUUCCUUUCCUUGUGGCUCCCUCCAGUACAUCUAGGCCUAGUUAUUCAGCUAAAGAGCAGAGAUGGGAAACGAGGCAAGGACAGGAUUCCACAACAAAAUAAAACAGCGUGGGAAGGUUUGUGGGAAAGAGAUCCCUCGUAUAAUAUGUGCAUAGGAUUGGCGUCCGUUUUUUUUCUGAGUCUCUUUGGCUUCCUUCUCAGCUAUUCAGCUUCCUUCUCAGCUAUUCAUUCUCAGCUUAUUUCCAAUUAAGGAUUUAAUUGGAAAUAAGCACUUCCUCCCCCCCCCCUUUUUUUUUCUUGGUUUGUAUUCCAAAACUUUCUGUGGAGCCGUUUGCUUUCAUCAUUAAAGCAGUUAACAAAAGAGUGCUUGUGGAAUGUGUGUGUGUGUGUGUGUGUGUGUGUGUGUGUAGAUUGUGUAUGUGUGCAUUUUUCAAAGACAGCCUAGCACAGGGGUCUUCCAACUUGGCCCUUUUAUGACUGGUGGACUUCAACUCCCAGAAUUCCUCAGCCUGGCUGAGGAUUUCUGGGAAUUGAAGUCCACCAGUCAUAAAAGGGCCAAGUUGGAAGACCCCUGGCCUAGCGAGGACAACAGGAAGACGGAACGUUCCAGAAAAACACCGGAGGGCUCUGAAGAAUUGCUGCUGUUUGAAUGACUCAGUUUCAAUCUUGGGUCUUCUAUCCAAGACAAGACCCUAAAACAGCAUCACGUGUGUGUGUGUGUGUGUGUGUGUGUGUGUGUGUGUGUGUGUGUCUUCCUGCAAAGGAAGUGCAAAUAGAACACAACCAUUUGCGAUGGCCCCUGGGUGUCCUAACUCUGUCCCGACAUUCCCCCCAGGCCCAAAGACCCCAUUGCUUCUUUCUUCUGUUGGCUUUCAUUUCCAUUUUGUUCUUUGAUGAAAAAUACUUGAAAAAAAAAAUUAAGGAUUUUUAUGUUGAUGGUAAGCGAUAGGGAGAUGUUUAAUCAGCACCUUUGGUUUGAUUGUUCUUGCUUCGCUUCAGUUUAAAAGGGGGGGGGGAUUUCUCUCCCCUCCCGACCCCUAACCAAGUGUCAUUCUCAUUUCUUUGUGUGGACUUUAAUUUAUUGUUUGUGGGUUUUAGGCCUUCGUUUUGCCAACCGUUCCAGACCGAAUAACAGCCAGCUAAGAAUGUACCUGUACUUAAUUUUAACUCAUGCUUUAAUCUAACACUGAUAAUAGGAGUUCUCGAUCUUCCUCUGAAGAAAGUGUACAAAAUACACAACUUUAAGUACUUUUAUUAGGCGUGUGGGGGGAGUGGCUGUUGAUUUAAUCUUUCACCAAGCUUAUUGCAGUGUCCUGGAGUGGUUUUUUUUCCUCUCCUUAAUUCUAGAGAGAUUUAACAGAUUUUUCUGAUGAUUUGAAAACAAUUGUGAUUAUUUUAAGAUACCAAAGGUUCUGGGUUUGGGGAUUUUGGGGUUGUUUUUUUUUUGGUAAGAAAUAAAAAUCUUUCAAAUCUGUA